AUGGGCUCUAGGCGGGGACUGGUCCGGCCCACGGCACUGGUCCUCGCCCUGACCCUGCUCUCAGGGUGGGCUCCACAGGCCCAGGCCCAGAAUGCCGCCUCACCCCCAGCCACGGAUGGGUCGCCCGACGUCAGUGCCCUGUCCGAUACCUGCCCGGUGACCUUGUCCUACGAGGUGAACCUGGGGCAGGCGACAAACACGACGUCGGUACCCAUCUUCGUGGCAACGGUCACCGUGCACAACCUAGACGACAAUGAUGUCUUUGACCCGGACGUCUUCCUCCUGACACCGGGGGAAUCCAAUGUGGAGAUCAUGCACUCGGACAGCAACAAAGUGCUGGCCCCAGCUGGCGUGUACCAGUUUGGGUUCCUGGGGACGAAAGGCGACGAGGUGGUGAACAGCAGCAACCCCUUCAACGUGGGUGCCAUCCAGUCGGUGCGCUUCAACAACCUGGCCUGCUCCAUGGUCGACAGCGCCAUGGUUGCCCCCGUGGCCGCCCCCCCGCCCGCCACGGUGAAUUCCACCUCCAUCGACGACCCCAGCGUCAUCCAGGUGGAGUACACGCCCAUUGUCUACAUUGAUCAGCCCCUGGAGAACACAUUCACCCAGUUCCUCGUCAGGCUGCGCAACAUCCAGAACGCGUCGGUGGUGGACCUGGAGGACGUCACCUUCCAGUACUGGUUCAACGGCCCCGCGGGCAGCCUGCCCGUGGUGGCCGAGUACGACCCCGGCCAGGUCUUCCUGGCCAAGUGCGAGUGGGCGACGACAGGGUGCGAGACGGUGAACCUGACCAUCGCGCUGGGGGACGUGGACGUCCCCGGCGCGCGCUUCGCGGUCAACGUGUCCAUGGGCCCGGGGGCGGGCAGCCUGCUGCCCAGCGGCGAGAACGCGGUGCCCUCGCUCUUCCUGGGCCAGGGCAUCGACGUCAUGGACCUGCUGGUCACCAUCACCACGCGCCAGGGCCUGGUCACGCUCAACUCCUCCGCCGACUACUCCUUCCUGGACACGCCGGAGCUGCCCACGGAGGGGAACGCGACCAUCGUCAAGCGCCGCGCGGUGACCAACCCCCGCAUCCCCGCCUUUGUCAACGGGACGCAGAGCUGCAACCUGGCCGCCACCUACUGCUGCGUCGCGCUGGACGGGGCGGAGGUCUCGCCCUUCAUCCCGCCGGACCAGGGACCGGAGGAUGCCCUGGGGCCAGACGUGGAGCUGGUGGACGAGCCAGGUGAGGACGAGGGUUUUUGUGGUUUUGAUUGCCUGUGGAGGGAUCGAGCGGGUGAGAGGAGCGGGCACGCCGUCGCCGCCUCGCCCCGUCCCGAGCCCCCCCCGACUUCGCCGGCCCCGCCGCCACCCGACGUUGGGACCGCGAGCGGGGGCCCCCUGACCCCGGACGGCCAGCCCAUCCAGCCCCCCUCGGGCGUGGCCACCUGGGUGGUGGCCGUGGCGGUGGUGGCCUCCUCCCUGGUGCUGGCCGGUCUGCUGGUGGGGCUGCUGGUCUGGCGCCGCCGCCGCCGCCUGCACGCGUCCCUGACCGGGGGCGGCGCUUGGGUCAAGUCUGGCGACGCCGAGUCCGGCGAGGACAGCUCCACCCCGCGCGGCGGCUUCGGCGGCGGGCGGGGCGGCGCCAAGCCGCCGCCCGGGCCGGGGCCGCAGCGUGGCGCCGCGCCAGGCCCGCUGCAGUACCCGGGCACGGGCCGCCAGCCGCUCAUGGUGUGGACCACGCCACGCAUCAAGCACAACCCAGGGGUGGGGCCGUCGCCCAGCAGCACGCCGGGGUCAAACGCCAUGCUCCUGGGGCCCGGCAACGUGCGCAGCUCCAACGGCAACGGGUCCCUGGCCCGCUACCCCUCGGGCGUCAGCGGCGUCAGCAACGGCGACCAAGCAGUGGUGGACUUUGGGCCCGCCUACUGGCAGAGCCUGAGCAACCAGAGCACGAUCGACGGCCCCGACCUGGACGUGGACUAUGCGGCGGAGGUUGAGCCGCACCUGGGGCGCUGUCUGGGCACGGGCGGGUUCGGGGUGGUGCAUGAGGCGGUGUGGCGCGGGCGGCGCGUGGCGGUGAAGAAGCUGCCGCCCGUGGGCGCCGACGCGGUGGCGGGGACGGCGCUGCACGCCGCGCUGCGCCGCGAGGUGGAGCUGGCCUCCAAGUUCGACAGCGAGCGGCUGGUGCGCGUGCUGGGCGCGUCCACCGCCCGCCCCGAGUCGCUGUGCCUGAUCAUGGAGCUGAUGGAGGGCGGGAACCUGGCGCAGCGCAUCCACGACCGCCACAAGCGGCGCCUGGGGUACCUGGAGAUCCUGCAGGUCGCGCACGACGUCGCCUGCGGCCUGGCCUAUCUCCACCCCGCCGUGGUGCACCGCGACCUCAAGCCCCAGAACAUCCUGCUGGACGCCGACGGCCGCGCCAAGCUGGCCGACUUUGGCAUCUCCCGCGUCAAGGACCCCACCAAGUCCUAUCUGUCCCAGGUGACCAACGACAACGGCACGCCCAUCUACAUGGCACCGGAGCAGCUCAACUCCGACGCCAUCAACGAGAAGGUGGACGUGUACGCGCUGGGGGUCAUCCUGAACGAGUGCUACACCAGGCGCCAGCCUUGGCGCGAGACAUCCAACCUCUUCCAGAUCAUCGUCCGCGUCGCCAUCAACAAGGAGCGCCCCGCCCUGGACCCGGGAUGCCCGGAGCCCCUGCGCUGGCUCAUCACAAAGUGCUGGCAGCAGGAGCCCACGCUGCGGCCCUCCUGCGCCGAGCUGGCCCGCAUCACCGAACUCAUGCUGCAGUCUGAACUUGCCAAGUGGGAGGAGCUCCACGGCGGCCCUGUCAGGCGCCCCGUGAAUCCCUGA